AUGGAGCAACAUCUUCACCAUGCCGGCCUCGGCUCGGUGACGCCCGGCCCGCCCGGCGGCAACGGCGGCGACAGCACGACCUCCAGCACGCCGGUCUCGCAGAGCGGCAAGUCCGCCUUCAUCGAGCUGCAGCACAACAACCUGUACAACCCGGCGAGCCUGCGGAGCGGCUACCCGGGCGGCCACAACGUGCCGGGCGCGCACCAGUUCUCGCACCAGGUCGGCUCGCUCGCGGCCCACCAGGCCACCGGGCCCGGCAGCGGCAAUCAGCAGCACGCGGACGCGGGCUUCCCCAGUCCCCGCUCGCUCGCCGGAUAUCCGUUCGCGCCCAUGCACCAGCACAACGCCUACGGAUAUCACAUCGGGACGUACCCCCAGUGCCCCUCGCCGCCCAAGGACGGUGACGAAAAGUGCAGCGGCAGCCUCGUCGACGAGCUCGGCGGCGGCGGCGGCGGUUCCCUCAGGAACGGCAAGGGCAAGAAGAUGCGGAAACCGAGGACGAUUUACAGCAGCCUGCAAUUGCAGCAGCUCAACAGGCGGUUUCAGAGGACGCAGUACCUCGCGCUACCGGAAAGAGCGGAGCUCGCGGCCAGCCUCGGACUCACGCAAACGCAGGUGAAAAUCUGGUUCCAAAACAGAAGGAGUAAGUACAAGAAGAUGAUGAAAGCGGCGCAGCAGGGCGGGGGUGGCGGCGGUGGCCAACACGGCAGUCUCCUGGCGGGUGGGACCGCUCUACCUGGAGGACCAUCCCCUCAACCCGGUCAACCCGGAAGUCUCAUGCAAGGAGGAGGCGGCAGUUCCGUGUCGGGCAGCCCGACGACGGGUUAUCUCGGCGGCAUGGGCGGUGGGGGUGGCGGUCACACCCCCGGGAGCUCGAGCCCCGGAAGCGAGAUGUCGCCUCAGCACAACGAGAGCCCGCCGGCACCCUCCUGGCCGGGUGAGAUGAAGCACCAUCCGCAUCCACACGCGCCGCCCCACUCCCAUCAUCACCCGCACACGGCCGGGCAUCAUCCACCGCCACCGCCACCGCCGCCACAUCACGCGGGUUACAUGCCGCAGUACUCCUGGUACCAGGCGGACCCCAACCCCGGACUACUCACGUAAGUGCUGCUUCUUCCGAUCGGAUCGACGCGUUGUCUUCGAGAGCUAGAUUAGACUAUGAGAUUGAAACCGAUGU